AUUAGAGAUGAUAUGCGGCCCUCUUUCGUCUUCCAAUAGAUAACACUCCCCCCCCGGCUCCCUUCUUCACUCUUCUCCCCCAAAAUCCCAAACCCACCACUCUCCCAAAACAACAACCAAUGGCAAUCUCGUCGGCGGCAACGGCCUCAGCCUCCACAAAGCUCACCUACCCAUAUGCCUCCCCACCUUCCCCCGCCCCCUCCUUCACUUUCUACCAAAAACCCAUUUCCAAAACAACCACAAAAUCCCACCUGUCAUCCUCUUUCCUCCUCAGCCCCUCCACCAUCCUCCACCCCACAACGCGCCACCACCCCCAGCGCCGCGGCGGCUCGAUCACCGUGAGAGCCGCGCGCGGCAAGUUCGAGCGCAAGAAGCCUCACGUCAACAUCGGCACCAUCGGCCACGUCGACCACGGCAAGACCACCCUCACCGCCGCGCUCACCAUGGCCUUGGCCGGAAUGGGUAACAGCGCACCCAAGAAGUACGACGAGAUCGACGCCGCGCCGGAGGAACGCGCCCGUGGGAUCACCAUCAACACCGCGACGGUCGAGUACGAGACCGAGAACCGCCACUACGCGCACGUGGACUGCCCCGGCCACGCUGACUACGUGAAGAACAUGAUCACCGGAGCCGCCCAGAUGGACGGCGCGAUCCUCGUCGUCUCCGGCGCCGACGGGCCGAUGCCGCAGACCAAGGAGCACAUACUGUUGGCCAAGCAAGUGGGUGUGCCCAACAUGGUCGUGUUCCUGAACAAACAGGACCAGGUCGACGACGAGGAGCUCUUGCAGCUCGUGGAAUUGGAGGUGCGUGAGUUGCUUUCCUCGUAUGAGUUCCCAGGUGACGAUGUGCCUAUUACUUCUGGUUCCGCUUUGUUAGCUUUAGAGGCUUUGAUGGCUAAUCCUAGUCUUAAACGUGGUGACAACCAAUGGGUAGAUAAGAUUUAUGAGCUUAUGGAUUCUGUGGAUAGUUACAUACCAAUCCCACAAAGACAAACUGAUCUCCCAUUUUUGCUUGCUAUUGAGGAUGUGUUUUCGAUCACCGGUCGUGGGACCGUUGCCACUGGCCGUGUUGAAAGGGGUACCGUUAAGGUUGGAGAAACAGUGGACAUUGUGGGUUUGAAGGAUACUAGGAGCACCACUGUGACUGGGGUGGAGAUGUUUCAGAAGAUUCUUGAUGAUGCUAUGGCUGGGGACAAUGUGGGGUUGUUGCUUAGAGGUAUUCAGAAGGCUGAUAUACAGAGAGGGAUGGUUUUGGCGAAGCCGGGCACAAUUACCCCUCAUACGAAGUUCUCUGCGAUUGUUUAUGUGUUGAAGAAGGAGGAGGGUGGUAGGCAUUCGCCCUUUUUCUCAGGGUAUAGGCCGCAGUUCUACAUGAGGACUACGGAUGUGACGGGCAGGGUGGCUUCGAUUAUGAACGAUAAGGAUGAGGAGUCUAAGAUGGUCAUGCCCGGUGACCGUGUGAAGAUGAUUGUUGAACUCAUUAUGCCUGUGGCUUGUGAGCAAGGGAUGAGGUUUGCUAUCAGAGAAGGAGGGAAAACUGUUGGAGCUGGUGUUAUUCAGUCCAUCAUUGAGUGAUACUAAUAAGCUUUGGCAUCCUUGGUAGGAAAUGCUUUUCACUUUUUUGAGGAGUGGCAAAAUGACGUCUGUUCUCAUAUUUAUGCAAUUACUUUUGCCAUUUUGCGCAACUUUGAUCUAUCCAAUGUUAUAUAUCUUGUAGUUUGUACUUCUUUUACUUUGCGCUGAUGUCUAGCUUAGUUGGAUAAUAUUUUUUUGAUGAAUCAAUGUUACUUUCACUCUCUCUA